UGUCAGCGGACCCGAGCGCAGAGGAAAGGGCUGGGCUUACUGACUCACUAACCACGACUUGAGGUUGCGACUGCGCUUCGCAAACCAGUUUAAGAAAAACCCUCGUUAAAGGGAGGUGGAGGUCCGGUGCAGUGUCACCGUCAUACAGCGAACUGCAAAAAAAAAAAAAACUCACACUUUUUUCUGCGCGCGCUCGUUCGGAAGAGACAGCUCCCACUCCGCGGUGCACUCCUGAAGUCCCGCAGCGCAUCACCCGUCCCGCCCGUCGAGCGUUCGCGGCGCCAGUGAGACGUUUUCGUUCCGUCCGCGUCUGCAUCUGCACCGGACUUGUUUUGCUUUUGGGUUGCGCGCGCGCGAUGAUGGCCACUUACCAAAACUCGGAGGAUGACGCAAUGGCCCUGAUGAUCCACGACACGAACGCGACCAAGGAGAAGGAGCGGCCCAAAGAAGAGCCGCUCCAGGAGAAGGUGACCGAGAAGCCGGACCCGUCCCAGAAACCGCCGUACUCGUACGUCGCGCUCAUCGCCAUGGCCAUCCGCGAGAGCACGGAGAAGCGGCUCACGCUGUCCGGCAUCUACCAGUACAUCAUCAGCAAGUUCCCCUUCUACGAGAAAAACAAGAAAGGUUGGCAGAACAGCAUCAGGCACAACCUGAGCCUGAACGAGUGCUUCAUCAAGGUUCCGCGCGAGGGCGGCGGGGAGAGGAAGGGGAAUUACUGGACCCUCGACCCGGCCUGCGAGGACAUGUUCGAGAAGGGGAACUACAGGAGACGCCGCCGGAUGAAGCGGCCGUUCAGACCUCCGCCGACGCAUUUCCAGCCGGGGAAAUCCUUGUUCGGAGGAGACGGCUACGGCUACCUGUCACCGCCCAAGUACCUGCAGUCGAGCUUCAUGAACAACUCGUGGUCGCUAGGCCAGCCGCCCACCCCGAUGUCCUACACGUCCUGUCAGAUGGCCGGCGGCAACGUGAGUCCGGUGAACGUGAAGGGACUGUCGCCCCCUUCCUCGUACAACCCCUACUCCAGGGUGCAGAGCAUGGCGCUGCCCAGCAUGGUGAACUCUUACAACGGCAUGGGUCACCACCACCACCACCACCCGGCGCACGCCCACCAUGCCCAGCAGCUGAGCCCGGCCACCGCCGCGCCGCCGCCGGUCUCCUCCGGCAACGGCGCGGGCCUCCAGUUCGCCUGCUCCCGCCAGCCCGCGGAGCUCUCCAUGAUGCACUGCUCCUACUGGGAGCACGAGACCAAACACUCGGCGUUACACACGAGGAUUGAUAUUUGAACGGUCUCUGCGUAAAAGAACGAGGACUCCAAGAAGAGUUGUAUUUCCUGUGAUUUCAAGACAGAACCGAGAGGGGUUUUUUGUUGUUGUUGUUGUUGGUGUUGUUGGGUUUUUUUUUUUUUUUUGAAAAGACGUUUGGGUCCAGCUGACAUCCAGCUGAGGAGGUAGCAGCCUACGCGAGGGUCGCUGCUCGAGAAAAUGGAAACGGGAGAUAAAAGAAGUCACCACGCAGGACACAUCAGGUAGCAACAACCUCUGGGAGCCAUUUGUCGCGCCUGUUAUUACACUUGGACUUGAUGAUUAGUCAUAAAACUCGUUGUCUAAAAUUGUGCCUGUGCAAAAACUUUCAGCGCGGGACACAAACGCUGCUGCCCUUCGCCUCAGCUGCGUGUUAUUAAGGCCCCGUGCGUAAAGAUCUCCCUCAGCCUUAUUACGCACGGCCUAAUCCCAACUGUUGCCAGGUGAAACGUGAACAUUAGAUGCCUUAAUCAAUUCAGUACUUUAAUAUGCCAUUGAUUCAGAGCUGUGAGACAACUGGCUGUGAAUCUUGCAAAAAAAAAGAAAAAAAGUGUGUGCGGGUAAGAAA